AUGCAAAGGACCCUGUCGGAUUUCAAAAAAGCAUUUGGAACGCAUUUUGUUAAGAUUAUUACAAUUGGUGGCAUUUAUAGAAGUGAGUUCAGUCUUGAAUCAUCAAUCCUAAAUACAACAGUUGACACAGAUUUCAAUAUUAAACAAGCAGCAGAAUUUAAAUUUACACUUUUGGCAGAAGAUAAUAAUUAUGCUGCAGUUAAGAGACAAGUUUCACCAUUAUUUGAAUUGUUUGAUAAACAAUAUCUACAAGCAUCAUUUAAUGAACAAUUUUGGAAUGACUAUGGUGUCAAACUUUCUGAUGCGGUUAAAAAUGUAACUCUGACAUUCUAUGAAUAUAAUGCACAUCGUGGUUGCCUGAAUAUUAAUAGUGAACAUUUUAAUCCAUAUGCAAAUUUACAUGAUGAAAACGCUUGCAAUACUGUUGCACAUAAAUAUCGUUUUGGAGGACUUUUCACUGGAAAGUGUCGAAAAAUAAAAAAUGUUUUAGGAGGAGAUCACAGUUGUAUCUCUAAUUACAGUCAGCAUGCUGUUUUUCAAAAUGUGAAUCCAAAGUUUAACCUAUAUUUCUGUUAUAGCAGUGAACCAUUUUCUGCACAUCAAACACAACAUGUAUAUUUUGGAGGAAUCUAUACAGAUGUUUUUAAAAAUCCAGUAACAAAAGAUUACAGUUGCCCAUCAGGAUAUGACAUAAUUAAACCAUUGGUUAUUUUUAAAUCUGACUCAUGA